GUUUAGAAGUCGAACCGCGGACGUGGAAAAAUACGUCCGCAUAAACUUAAUGAUAGGUUUGGGGCCAACAUGACAUGAGGCUAUAACUUAAAAUAAAAACCUAGCUAACAGACCUUAAUCUUCAGAGAUACAGAAUGAUGAUCAGCAACAGAAAACUCCAGUAUUGUAAAAUCAUCUUGGCCACAUCACUAGUGUGGUUCCUGAUAGAUGUCAUUCUACUCAUGUAUUAUACUGAUUGUGCUGCUAUGGGAAACUCUAGUGAUUGUAAUAAUAAAGACAAUGCAAAACAACAUAAAAAAGAAGAAAAAGGAUUUUUUGAAAAAAUUUUGCCUAAAAAUAUAUUGAGAAGGAACCCAACAGGACCAGGGGAGAUGGGUAAAGCUGUGGUUAUACCUCAAGACAAGCAGGCAGAAUCAAAGGAAAAGUUUAAGAUUAAUCAGUUUAAUUUACUUGCCAGUGAUAUGAUGUCUUUAAAUAGAAGUUUGCCUGAUUAUAGAAUGGAAGGUUGUAAAAGAAAGUCCUAUCCUACAGAUUUACCAAAAACAAGUUUAGUAAUAGUUUUCCAUAAUGAGGCUUGGUCAACAUUACUACGUACUGUUCACAGUAUUAUAAAUAGAUCUCCACCUGAAUAUUUAGAAGAAAUUAUACUGGUAGAUGAUGCCAGUGAAAGAGAUAACACAAAAGCACAUAUGGAGCAUUUAGGACAACAGUUAGAUGACUAUGUAGCAAAAUUGCCAGUGAAGACAUAUGUUUUAAGAUCAGAAACAAGAACUGGUUUAAUAAGAGCCAGAUUGAAAGGUGCUGCAGCUUCUAAAGGGAAGGUCAUUACUUUUCUGGAUGCACAUUGUGAAUGUACAGAGGGAUGGCUUGAACCACUGCUAGCAGAAAUACACAAAGAUAGAACUGCAGUUGUAUGUCCUAUAAUUGAUGUGAUCAGUGAUGAUACAUUUGAAUACAUUCCUGGAUCAGAUAUGACAUGGGGAGGGUUUAAUUGGAAAUUAAAUUUCCGCUGGUACCCAGUUCCUCAGAGAGAAUUAGACAGGAGAGGUGGAGAAAGAAGUAAUCCAACAAGAACUCCUACCAUGGCAGGAGGAUUAUUUUCUAUAAGCAGAGAAUACUUUUAUGAGAUAGGAUCCUAUGAUGAAGGAAUGGACAUAUGGGGAGGGGAGAAUUUAGAAAUGUCCUUCAGAGUAUGGAUGUGUGGAGGCAAAGUAUAUAUUGUUACCUGUUCAAGAGUAGGUCAUGUCUUCCGUAAAACCUCACCAUAUUCUUGGCCAGGUGGUGUUGCUAGAAUUAUCAAUCACAACACACAGAGAAUUGUAGAAGUUUGGAUGGAUGAAUAUAAAGAUUUCUUUUAUAAGAUUAAUCCAGGUGUUAGAAGUACCAGCUAUGGAGAUGUUAAAGAAAGACAAAGUAUGAGAAAAAGAUUACAAUGUAAAAGUUUUAGAUGGUAUCUAGAAAAUGUUUACCCUGAGUCACAGCUACCAUUAGAUUAUUUUGCACUUGGAGAGAUAAGAAAUAAAGCAAAUAAUAAAUGUAUAGACAGCAUGGGUAGAAAAAGUGGUGAAAAAACUGGACUUGUUCACUGUCAUAGUCAAGGAGGAAAUCAGAUUUUCUCUUAUACUAAAAAGAAAGCUUUACAGACAGAUGAUGUUUGUUUGGAUGUAUCAGCCAUAGGCGGCCCUGUUAAAUUGUUUCAGUGUCACGGUUUAGGGGGUAAUCAAAAAUGGGAAUAUAAUCGACAGACUUUAGAACUGAAGCAUGUUAACAGUAAACAGUGUUUAGGAGGAAAACAAAAUGAUAAUGAACCAACUGUAGGUACUUGUGAUGGUAGUCAAAGUCAAAAAUGGAUAAUCAAAGAUAUGAAGUGGUGAAAAAAGUUAAAAUAAUUCCAACAAAAUAUCUGUGAUAAAAUGGUGUAAUAAUGUGAUUUACCAGUCAAUAGUGAUUGGUUAAUGUACCAUCAUUGUCCUUAAAGUUGGACAACUGAGUGACGUAAUGAGGGAACGUGUUCAUUACAGUACUAUAAACAUUCAAAACUUGUCACCUGUAAUAAUAUAAAUAAAAGAAGAACAUAUCAGUCAAGUAAUUCAUCAUCACAUGUUCAGUUUUGUUAAUGAAUUAUCAGUGAUUUCAAAUAAUAAGAAUUUGCAGGACAUUUUUUUAUCUAGUUUUUAACCUUCUUUGAAUUUGUAAUUUGACAUUCCGGUCAAAUAAGGUAGCCACUAGGAGAUGAAAGGCAAGGUAUUUGGUCAUACAACGAAAAGGAUGGACUUUUACUUUCAUUAAUGUUAAUAUGGAAUGCUACCAGUCCUAUGUUCUUCUGUAAUGCAAUUACUCACUGAUUUUUGUUGUUAAAAAACUUAUUUUCUGAUACUUGAUUGUUGACUUUACAGCUAAAAACUCAGAACUUGUGAACAUUUCUAAAAGUUUUUUCAUGUUCUUCUUUCAAAAAAAUAUUUUAGAUAAGCAUAAUAUGAAUGCCAUAAAUGUAUGUGUUUUGAAAGCUUUUAGAUGCAUCAUUUAGUUUCACACACUUAUAUACAUAUUACUGGAAAAGUUAGUCUUUAUUAUAAAAGCAAAAAGUGUAAACCUUGAGUUUUUCUUAUUCCUAUGAUAUAUUUUGCAUAGUAUUUCAGAGUAGUUCUAUCCAGACAUCUAUUUAUAAAAAAUACAUGUAUAGAAAAUAUAACCUUAUGUUGACCAAGUCUACAAACCAAUAGAAUGUCAGCAAUUACAGUGAUUUUAAUAUUACAAUUAUAAUAGGGUCUAUGCUAUUUAAAAACAAUAGACACAUCAUGAUUUCAUCCCAUAUGAAAAAAACAUAUGCAAGUAAAAUCUUAAUGUGAGAAGUAUUUUAGAAGUGAAAAGGGUUAUUUAAAGCUAUUUAAUGUACCAAUACUUUUGAAUUCCAUGAAAACUUAUCAGUAUUUUUUUUUUAUUUUGCAGUAUUUUAUAGCUUUUUCUUUUUUCUAAACAACUUGUACAUAUAUAGCUAAGAGAGAAAGGAUUAGACAUGGUUUUGAUGUAUCACAAUAUUUUUCAUUGUUAGGAUUCAGUCUCUAUCUGGAUGUACCGUGUAUUUUAUUUGACAUUCCAUCAGUCAACUUCUGUGCUUUAAAAAGCAUGUUUGUGAACAGUCAAUUUGAAAAAAAGUGUUUGCAUACUGUACUUUUUGUCAAAUUUAUUUUCAAUAAAUUGACUUUCAUAAGGAAUGCAUGCUGUCUCUGUAUGAAAGGAUUGUAGAUUUUAAGGCUCAGGUACCUAACAGGUGCAUUGACUAUCUGUGUUGGUCAGCAGAUUUGAAUUUAAAAUUCAGGGAUCAUAUUUAAUGAUUAAAACCAAACCCACUUCAUAAGGUAGGGCACAUUCUUUCGGCCCAAUUAAAGCAUAUAAUUCUAUCGCCAUUUUACAUGAAUUCUGAAAGCAAGCAUUCAGGUAAAAGUUAUCUUUUGUUAGAAGAAUAUCCCACCGCUAGUUCAAGUUAUCAAAUAUAUAUUUUGAUAUAUUAGUAACUGUUAGUUUAUUGGAGAUCAUAUAAAUAAUGGAAGAUUAAAGUAAAUUUACCAAAUGAAGGUUUUGAUUGUAAGAUGCAGUAUUAUAGUCAAUGAAUAGUUUUCUAAUUUCAACAAACAAAUUAUCAUUUAUUGUUUGAUAAAUGCUUACUUCAAUAAAAAAAACUAUUUUGUCACACUUAUAAAAAUCAAUAUCUGAAAAGUACUUUUAUUCAUUGAAUUGAAUUCUUAUGGUUGGAAAAACAUUGGGUAUUGCAUUUUCAAUAUAUGAUUUAGCCUGCUGCAUAAAACAAAUCAACAAUAAAUAUUUAAUUUGUUAAAAUUUGUGAAUUUGAUUAACAACUUGAUUAUUGAUGUUAUGUACCUGAUGAAUAGAAUUAGGUACACAGUUUAGAUCAUGUUUAUGUAAUAGUAUCCUAUAUUUUAACUUGUAUUACCUUACACCACAUGAGGAUUUCUAGUAUCUACUUACAUUAUUUAUUUUCAAUUGAAAGUCUCCUGCUUCAAUGUUUUUCUGUCCUCAUUAUGUUAGAUAUUUCCUCCACCCCCAGGAUAGUAUUAUCCUUAGCUAAUUUAAAUUGAUGGAAUUUGUUCUACAGACUGACAGAAAUAUUGAAUUGUAAAUUGAAUAGAUUAAGAUACAUGAGAAAAACACAAACAUACAAUGACAGAUUAUUAAACUGCACUGUAAUGUUUUUAUUUUCAGUUAAUAAAUAAGAAAACAAAGUUAACUUGUAAUGUCAGACACCUUUAUUGAAUAUAUAUUUUUGUGUUAUCUACUUCUUCUGGAGAAUAAAGCUAACUAUUACUGAUAAUGCCAUCCCUUCUGUAUAACUUUAAAUAUAACUUCAUUUCAAAUUCUACUAUUAAAGUAGUCAAGAACUACAUUUCAAUAUAUUGUUUUCUGCCAUCUUGUCAUGCGUCAUAAUAUUCACUAUACCAUUUUAAAUGUUUGACAUAAUUUAAUUUCAUAGAAGAUACUUUAUUUUAACAUUUAUAGACAUUUGUAUAUUAAUAAUUCAUCAUAUAUUUUACCUUGUAAACCCUGUCAUGCCAUUCUGUAGUAUAAAAUUCUUGGUUGAUAUAAUAUUUAUUUUAACGUGUUGAAGGACAUUGCAGUACAGAUUGGCACAUAUUUAUACAAAUCAAUGAUUUUGUAAGACUUUAAUUUUAUUAGCCAGAUAAGGCCCUUAAGAACCUCCUUGGUAAAAUCAAUGAUUUUGUAAGACUUUAUUAGCCAGAUAAGGCCCUUAAGAACCUCCUUGGUAAAAUCAAUGAUUUUGUAAGACUUUAUUAGCCAGAUAAGGCCCUUAAGAACCUCCUUGGUAAAAUCAAUGAUUUUGUAAGACUUUAUUAGCCAGAUAAGGCCCUUAAGAACCUCCUUGGUUAAAUAUUAAGUCGGAAGGUACAUAUGUACAGAUGAUUUUACACAAAUUAACACAUUAUCAUGUUUUGCUUUUAAUACUAUAGAAUAUUGUUGUCUUUGCAAGUAAACCUCAGUAGAUAAUAUAUCAUUCACAUUGCAUUUACAGUGUGGUUAAUCUAGUCACAUUCAUAAAGUAUGUUUUAGUGCUUAAUAGGUCAUUAUUAAAAAUAAUGCAUUAAAUGUGCAGAGGAAUUAUAGACAAUAAAAUACUUUGAAUUUAAUAAAUAAAUUCAUAAACUUUAUUAAAUGAUUUGUUAGAAUAUAUAAAAGCACAGCUUAAGCUAAAAUGAUGUAUUAGUAAAGAAACGGUUUAUACUGCAUUUUAAUUGAUAUUGCACUAGGCAUUAUAAUAUAUAUGGUACUGACUCCCAGUAUAAAGACCUUUAAUAUGGGUUUAAGGUUUCUAAAUUUCAGCAAUGAAGGAAUUAAUUGAAAUAGUGAUUACUGUAUGUGUCUGCUAUUUUGUUGACGGCAGGAAUCUAGUCAAUUUUAAAGUAGAUUUUUUUGAAUUCAGUAAUGACUUACCAUAUUAUUUUAUAUAAAACUGAUGAAUCAUCAGUAUAAAUAUUAAACAAGUAAAGAUAUCACCCUGGCAAGGUGAAAUGGUUAUGAAUUUACAUAUAAAGGUGCAGAUAGUAGUGUAGAUUUUAUUUUUAUCUUGCCAACAACAUUAUGAAAUCAAUAAUUUUUGUUCCAUGGGACAUUAUAUUAAUACCACGAUUCAUUUACAUUUUUGUUCUGCCAUAUUGUAAUAAUUACUGAUGAUUUUUAUACAGAAGAAAACAAGUAAAAUAUGGACUGAAUGUAUUAGAGUACUAAAAAGGUAAACAAACAUUCCCUUACCAUUUAUAUAAACGAUGUAAUUGAUUAAUUAUUUUAUAUUAAUUUUAUCAUAUAUUCUAUUUUUUAAAUAUUUUGAUUGUAAAUAAUUUGUUCAGUUUGUUUAUUGUAUGUGAUGUCUCUAUGGAAGAAUAAAUAACAUAAAAAUGUUUACAGAUUUUGUAGAUGUUGUGUUAAUUAUGUAAAGAAAGUGAAAAUGUAUAAUUUUUUUAAGUUAUAUUCAUGAGAUGUUUAGAACUCUUACAUAAUAUCCUAUGUAAAAGCUCUAAGAUAGGAAAUGUGAUUAAAGGUAUGAUUUUAAGAUUUCUAUCUCACCAAUAUUAUAUAUGUUUGUAUUUAAGCAUUUUCAUUCAUUUUAGAAGGUUAAGCAUGAUAAAUGGUAAUACCACCGAUUAUGAAAUCAAAACCCUUUUGUGAUAUGCUUUUUGUUGUAUAAAAAUUAGUGAUCAUAGCUAAACUGGAUAUAUAACUUUUAUGGUUAGAAGUGGAAAGCAUUUCUCAAUUUCACCUUCUAUCCAAAAAGUUCCAUUGAUAAUCUCAUGUUUGAUAAGAAUUUUCUGAUCCAUAGCUAAACAGUUAAGAUGAGAAAUUCCUUCCCCACAAAAUCCCUUUAUCACUAUUUGAAUCAAAAUUUCCUGUAAGAUCAUGACACAAAAAAAACAGUUCAAUACUCUGAUAUUUUGGUUAAAUUUAGAUGUUAUUAAUUUUGAAA